ACCAGCGGGAUGGAUUCAGUGCGAUACGUGAACGAUUUCGGCUUCGAUUUAGCUUUCAGUACAUAUAAUUUUCACUAAAGAGACAUCACAGACGUUAUUACAGCAACAAACACCUGUUGCCAUGUGGCAUUAAUACCAACCUGCCUAAAAAAAAAAAACAAAAAAAAUUAAGCACCGCCACCCCAACAACAAACAAAAAAUGACUGACGCAUCUAUAGACCACUAAGGUGUCAGCUAAUAGCAGUGUAAACCAAUGGCAGUGAAGAGGGGGCGGUUCUAAUGUGUUUCUCAAUUUAACUUUGUAACGUAAUAUUACCUUACUAUUUUCGUCGACGACUCGACUGUUUGAAGGUCUGUUAAACCUCAGCUACUAACAUCUCCAAGUUUGUCGAGAAUUACAGGGUCGGUGGAAAUGCAUUUAUUUUGCACGUCGCUUGUUUUGUGCGUCCUCUCUGCAUGUCACAUGAUCACAUCCACCUGUGAUGGGCUCCUGACUUCAGAAGAUGCUGAAUUCUGCAAGGGAGAGUUAAAGCUGAUUUACCCAGAUCUGGUUAUUGACGAGUGCUUGAUCAUCCCUCAGAGGAUCAGAGAGAAGAUCAGUAAGGAGUGGGGAUCACCACAAGUACAGCUUCCUAGUGCUGAUGAGGAGAAGAAAUACACUUUAUUAAUGGUGGAUCCAGAUGCUCCAAGUCGUAAGAAACCCUCUCGUGCUUACUGGAGACAUUGGUUACUGGCUGAUAUUAAGGGGGAAGCGCUCAAGACGGGAGAUGUCAGAGGCACUGAACUAUCCGCAUACACCCGCCCCACUCCACCUCAAGGCACUGGGCUCCACCGCUACCAGUUUCUUGUAUUUGAGCAGCCUGAAGGCCAGACCAUGUCCCUCAGCCCGCAGGAGAAGAGCUCACUGGAUAAUAUCAUGGACUUGGGGAUGGGCGGCGAGAAGAACAGCGGAGAAAUCCAAUACGGCUCUGGGAGUUUCCAGUCCGGUCGAAGCGGACAAACCGUCACCUACCUGGGCAAGUUUGCGUUCGACACCCCUCCAUCAGGCAGCAUCGGAGGCUCGGGUUGGUGCCCCGACAACAACAUCAUCAGCCUGGUGAGUGCGGGAAUCCUGGGGGUGUCACCGUCACCUGGCAACAUCACUACCCAGACGUCUUCGUCGGGCGGCAGCAUGGGCGGACAGUCGUCAGACAUGGAGCAGGUUUAUGCGCCACCCCUUCCUGCCUACUCGACCUGUGGAGAGAUAUACCCGGAACAGGUGGCGUUCCACCACAGCCCGGCCACGUCCUCGUCUUUGCCCUACCCGAGCUCCGACUACCACACCACCUCCAAACCGGGCAUGGACGGAAGUCUCUUUUCCAUGAUCCCAGACUACAACCUCUUCCACCACCAGGGAGACGUAGGGGUAAUGGAGCAUAAACCCUUCCAAACCAUGGACCCUAUUAGAGUGAACCCACCUCCCAUAACUCCCCUCGAGACCAUUCGAGCCUUUAAGGAUAAGCAACAGAUCCAUCCCGGCUUUCUCGGUGGGCAACAGCACGUUUCCCAACACCAUCAACCCUCUCAGACACUUGCUCUCAAACCCAUUCGACCAAGAAAGUACCCCAACCGGCCGAGCAAAACGCCCGUCCACGAGCGGCCGCACGCCUGUCCGGCGGAAAACUGCGACCGCCGCUUUUCGAGAUCAGACGAGUUGACGCGCCACCUGCGCAUCCACACGGGACACAAACCCUUCCAGUGCCGCAUCUGCAUGCGGUCCUUCAGUCGCAGCGACCACCUAACGACGCACAUCCGUACGCACACCGGCGAGAAGCCGUUCUCGUGCGAGUUCUGCGGACGCAAGUUCGCGAGGAGCGACGAGCGAAAGAGGCACGCCAAGGUGCACCUGAAACAGAAGGACAAGAAACCCACGGACAAGGGCAGUAGCGCUGGGGCCGGGGGGAGCCACACUUCUCCUCCCAGUUCCUGUGGGAGCGCGGGACCCAGCAGUGCCAAUAUCAUGACCGUCACCACUUGUGCAUGAGAUGGACUUGCAAAGUAAGACUGCGAGGAGAAUAAAAUGGUUUCUUUCUCCUCUUACAUACACUUGACUCUUAUACUCUCACAAUAUCCAUCCGUUUGCUACGGUUUUCAUUGAUCAUGGUGGCAUGUUUCUGUAGCCACUAUUGUUUUAGGUCAAACGAGCGGGGAAUGAGUGGACUAGUGGUGCGUGGAUAGGAGGGAGAGGGCGUCAAAGAUGAUGGUUGAAGCAGUCAGGUCAAUCCACAGAAAGAGCACUUACAGAUGCAGCGCAGUCAGAAGGGUUCAACUCUUAGCUCUGGGGACCAGAGCAAUCUCUUGAGAUUUUUAGUCUUUUCAUUUUUUACAUUUUUUUUUUUUUCUUGUAUAUUGGUUUGUCAGAUAAAAGUGCACUUUCAUUUGCUUAAUGUUUUGCAGUCUUUUUUUAAAUGAUUGUUAAUUAUUUAAUGUUUCUGUGUUGUUAUUGUUGUUGUUUUUCAACAGAAUGUGCCAAAUGUAUUUAAAUACAGCAAAAAAAAAAAAAUUGUUUGUAUUAACCUAAUAACUUCAUUUCAGAUGUUGAUUUGGGGAAAGCCUGUGAGCUCUGAAGGCUCAAGGAGACUGAGUUUCAGGUGGACUUUAAAAGUCUGUUGCAUUAUCUUAAUAUUUGGAAAUCCCUUCUGUACAAUUAAGGGAUGCGAAUGCCGUUUGUUAUCAGCAACGGACUUUCAGUGCAAUAAAAAAGAAAAACAACAACAACAACAACAACAAUAAAAUAGUCUGGCUCACUUUCACAAGUUUACUUUCUAGAGAUGAAAUUAAGACACAGCUGUGGCCUUUCGCUUAAUUUAGUGCACAAAAGGGCCAAGCCUGCAGUUCUGCUGUGAUCCGAUCCAAACAUUUUCCUUUCUCUUUUUGCUGCCUGUAUCCCUGCAUGCAUCUAGUAUCAAGUCUUUGCUAGUACUGAAAAGAUUGAAAAGACCCACAGCAAUAUGCAUCCAAUUCGAACCAUGCAGACUGUCAAUGAGAGUUAACACUUUAUUUUAUGUGAAAAUUGUCCUUUUGUUGUCCUUAUUGUCAUUGUUUUCCUGGACAGUUGUGUUUCCUGCUUUCAUCUUCCAAUAUUUUUUCAUCGGGUCCCUUUUUAUGCACAUUAUAUAUUCAGCACGCAUUUGAACACACAUGUACACACGGUUUUCAAAAACGAAAUCAGCCAAAAUUAUGGUAAUGCUUGCCUGCGAGCAUCACCACUGGGCAGGAUUGAUCUUAGGAGUCAUUGUUUUGCAUUUUUACCGGCUGAGGCCUGCCUGCUAUAUGCAUGCCAUUCAAGAUGUUUUUGGAUGGGUACAGUUUAGACAUUUAUACUGCUCUCAGGGGCAGCACCGUAAUGUGGUAUCUCCACGGUUACUCAUAUCUGGAUCAUGCCUAGAGAUUCUGAAUAUUAACGAUAAGAACGAGAGGGGGUUUUGUACAGAUAAUUAUACAAACAUAUUACUACAUGUUUUCUACUUGGAAUGUACAAAGCAAUGUCUUUCAGUAUUACAAUGUUUGUCUGUGCUUGUGUGUGUGUGUGUGUGUGUGUGUGUGUGUGUGUGUGUGUGUGUGUGUGUGUGUGUGCUAAUACUUAGAUUUUCCAUUGACUGAAUGUUGAAACAAAGGGUGUUUACAUUUUUCUUUCUUUCUUUCUUUUUUGUUUUUGAGAUUGUGACUGUGUACAUUGUGCAGAAUGUUUUUUUAAGUGUGUGUGUGUGUGUGUGUGUAGGUGUGUGUGUGCAGGAAAACUUGAGUAUUGACAGUGUCAAAUGUGAUGCAUUCUUCAGCAUUUCUUUAAAGUCUCAAAUAUUAACUGUUAUUAAUGCAACAUUGCAAAUGAUGACUUGCGGACACACUGAAUGAUGUGUUUAAUAAAUGAAUAAACAGUAAGAUUAUUUGGUGAAAAAAAACAACAAAGGAAAA